AUGGCAUUCAACAUCGCCGUUAGCCCCUCACUCUUCCGAGAGCAAAACCAUGACCACCCAUGGACGGAGCCAUUGAUUUUCGACUUCAAUAGGGCUCAGAGGAUUUUGGGCUAUGUGGACUUUGCUUUCGAAUGCCUUAGCCUCGUUGCAGUCGUGACCUUUUUUGCUUGCACCUGUGUCAUGAGUAAUUCCCACGGACGCCUGAAGGGACUGGCAUUUGCAUUAUUUUCGUGGGCGUUAUGGGAUAUUUCGAGUGUCAUACCCUGGAUCUUUUCCUUCGCACGUAUCAAAACAAGCAACUACUUCAAUAUCGAUUUUAUGGCCGGCUAUUUCUUCUUCGUGGCCGCGUCCUGCUUCGUCGUCUUUGUCCUUUACUCGCUCGCCCACGGCUUCUUGGACCGCCUCGCCGAUGCAGGGCGUCCAUUCGCAACCGCAAUGAAGGCUCAUUGGGUGGUCCUCGGCUUCCUCGUUGCACUGUCCCUGGCAGACUGGGGUCUCUUUGUGGCAUAUGUGGUCUUGUUGAUCAGUGAACAGGAUACCUUGCUGGCCGAGCCCUUUGCCAAGCUUGAUGGUGUUCGCGCUUGUAUCUUCUGCGCCAUAGCCAUCGAGAUUCUGCUAUGGUCUAUCUAUAUCGCCGUGAAGGCAUCGUCCCGACGCUUCGCUUCGAAGGUACCACCCUCCCUCAUUCUCGCAGCCCUCAGCUGGUUCGGCUUUACUGUGAUGUACUGCAUCAUCGGCAUCCGCUUCGAUUUCAUCGAAGACCUCUCUGUCCCGGACUACCAGAGCCUUGUCAUGUCAGUCUGCGAGUUUGUAUUCUGCGUCGGCCUCUUCGUCGGCAUCAUCUUGUGCCUCUUGAACUGGCGUCAACUGCAGGAUCCACAGGAAAAGCCCGCUGCUGUGAUGCAUGAGUCUCAUGACACCGCUGCACAAAUCCCUGCGGUCCCUGCUCCAGAGGGCGGACCGUACCGUGCUUAUCAGGCCUCGCACAAUGGGUCGGCGUCGAUCUCACAGCCUUCGGAGGCUCAGAGACAGCAGGUUUAG